AUGGAGUUUAGGUCUUGCCUGGAUACGACCAUGGCGUUGGGUCUGCUGGACUCGGCUCAGCUGGAUGAGCUACAGGCUCGCUUGGCCGAGGGCGAUGAGAUGAUCGGUCGAUACGCUGAGGCAAACAUAAGGAUGACCGAGGGGUGCUCGCUCGAGCAAGAGCUGUCAGUGAUAAAAGAACAAGUCCAACCUACCAUGGCCCGUUUGAAGGAAAAUGACCUCGUUCUCCAAAGAGAGAAUGAGGAACUUGUGCAGGUCGAGGUUCAGAUUGCGGAGCUCCAGGCCCGUCGAGAUCUCAUCCUUCAGCGCCGAGAUGGUGCGGUCGCGGUUGGAACAGAGCUGAAGUCUUCAGCCAGGCAAAUCCUCAAGGCGAUGACCGAGAAAAAGAGGGCACUGGCUGAGAGGAAGCUGAUCCGGGUGAGGUGGCAUGCGGAUAUAGAUGGUGGGGACAUUGCCUAG